AUGUCACCACUCCCAAAGUUGAAGAAGUCCCGAGCUCCAAGACGUCCUCGGCCCAUUUCCGUUGCUGUGCCUGCACAGAAGAGCACCAGGAGAUCGAACCUCACAUUUAGCGAUAAGCUCCGUAUCAUUGAUUUCUAUCGAGAACAUCAAGGUCUCCCCGGAGUCACCCAAGCCUCAGUGGUUCAACACUUUCGCGCCGAGUAUCCUACCUUGAGCCAGUCCACACUCCCAAGCUAUCUCUCGAAAGAGGAGCAGAUUAGAGACUAUAUAAGGAAGAACCCGAAUCGCCUGGCGUACAAGAAACCUACUCGAGUAGCCCUCCCCCAAAUUGAACUGGCACUAACCGAAUGGGUGCAGAAUCGCGUGCGUCUGGGCCUUGGAUUCACAGGCGACCUCCUUUGCGAACAAGGCCGCAAACUUUGUGAAGAGCUUGGUGUCCCUGAUGACGAAAAGAUUGCGUUUUCUCAUGGCUGGUUGGAUCGUUUCAAGGAGCGCUUAAGACUACGCGAGAGCUGGCCAAAUAGAGAAGUGGCGUCAGCGCCUGUUGAGCAAGUCGCACCUGAGCGGGCACGCCUCCAGCAACUUUUGCCAAAAUGUUCAUUAUCUGAAGGAUCUGACCUUGACGAAAAUGACCUACGAUAUGAUCAUCCAGAACGUCAGACCUCUGUUUGA